AUUGUAAUUAUUUGCACUUUUCUCCUUUAUAACACAAAUUUAACAGCCAGUCAGUAAAGUGCAAUAAAAUUAAUUUUAUUGCAAUUUUUCUGCUUUUUAAUCCACCACCUUGCAAGUUAAAUUAGGAAUUGCAACAAUAAUGGAGGUUCAUAUUCCAGCAGGUCAAUGACCUCAAAUAUACAAGCAGGGGUACAAUGGAUGUUUUAGGUUAAGAAAAAUUCACAUGCUACAAUGGCUCAGUCAAAGUUCAGACCUGAAUCAUACCAAAGCCAUAGCUAUAUUUGCCUUAAGAAUUUCUUCAUCCAUCUAAUUGAAUUUCGGUGUCACUUCCAUGACCUCAAGUGUGUAAAAUCUAAGACCUGGACAUGCAGACUGCCUGUAAACAUUUGGAAAAGAAUGGGUUGCUUUUCCAGGGUGGUGCAGUCAUAGGAUGUCUACCAGUCCAAAUAAAUAGAUUAAUAAGCUAAUAAAUUUAGCUAUGAAAUGUCCGCUUUUCUAAAUAUUCCACAGUGAAGUGUGGUGCUACUGGUUCCUACAGAAAAUCAACCAAGUGGUAGAUAAAAUCCGAGAUCAGACGAAAGGCAGCUUUCAGCAGAGUCGGUGGCUACAGGACUCAAAACUUCAUGCAGCUCAAGAACAUUGUGUAGAUAGUUUUAUGGAAUGGGUUUGCAGCUGCAUCCAAACCUUACAGCACCAGAUGCAACACAAAGAGUCAAGUGUCAGAUGUGAAGCACUAAACCAGUGGGAACAGUAGAGACAUGGAGUGACAAACUUGCCCUUUGUCAAACCAAUGGACUAGUCAUUUUCCAGACUGCUCUAAGUUAAGGGUACAUUUUGGUGAUGGGGAAUGAUUUGUGGGUUUUUUAUUAACUUGACCCUUUGGUUCCAGUGUAAGGGAAGUCCUAAUGCUGCAGCAUUGCAACUUUGUUGGAACAGUUUGGGGUUUAUGUAUUAAUAUUUCAACAUGACCUUGUGGAUCAUUACACAAAGCAAGGUGAUGCACAAAGAAUUUGACUGGCCUCCACAGAGUCCUGACCCCAAAUCAACAAAACCUCUUUGGGAUGAAUUGAAGUGGAGACUAUCAGCCUAGCUUUCUUGUCCAACACCAGUGUUUGACCUCAAAAAUGUGCUUAUAAUAGAAUGGUCAAAAUUUCCCAUGAGCUCACUUCCAAACCUUGUAGAAAGUUUUUUUUCAGUUAUAACUGAAAGGAGUGGGAUAACAUCACUGUGAAUCGUAUUAAUUAAGGGAUGUAACUCAAGAUCAUUUAGGUAUGAAGGCAGACUAGCAAAUAUUUUGGCAGGACAAGAUUUUAGAUGUAGAAAGGUGGAAGAGACACACUACAAAAGAUUAUAACUGAAGCAUAACGUAGUUCUCCAAAGUAUUUACUGAAGGGGAAUAAAUAUGAAUAAACUCCACAAGAGUUUCAUUUCCAUUCAUAGCUAAGCACUAUCUUGGUCUAUCACAUGAAAUCAGAGUAAAUACAUGAAAGACAUGAGAUGUAAAAAGUUGAAGGGCUGUAAAUACAUUUUCAAAGUGUUUUGUAAACUCAAAUUUCAAAUAUUUCUUCUUAUAGUGAGUGACCUAUUGUUUAUUUUCUGAUGCGCCUGCAACAUUUAAUGGUCUAUUAAAAGCAGCUUCUAAGUUAGACCCUAGAAUCACUGUUUUUGCAGGACGCUGUUACCAUGCUGUGUCUAAACAGUUAUGUAAGAUAGUAAUCAUGAUUUUCUGAGUUAGUGAGUGAGUAAAAUUCACCAAGGAGAAGAAAAAGAAAUAUACAAAAGAAAUAAAGAGAGAGAUGGAAAUGAAGCCUGUGCAGACUGUGGUGUGACAUUAUAAGAGCUGACGGCUCCUGUAUCUGACGUCUGAUGUGUUCUGAAGUUCACAAUGAGCCUCCGGUGAGAGGCUGGAUGAAUCAUCUGCAGAGCAACAAAGAGGACGCUGAAUGGGAGCUUAGAUCUGAAAUGACUCCGGCGUGAAUGUGUUUAUCAGAACAGGAGCGAACAGACAAGGUCGAGCAGGAGAAGAGAAUAUAGGCGGCUGCAGUGACUGACGCUGGCAUUACCUGAGGAGUUGAGACUGUGGGAGAUGGCUUUAUAAAGAGAAAAUGCUUUUACUGCAUGUAAAAGGAGUUUGGACCUUCUCUACGCAAAAUAAGUCACAAGUUUGAAACUAGAAAGCUGAUUUAAGAUCAGUGAAAAGAAAAUUACAUAAGAGCAUGAUUUUCUUUAAAUUCAAAAGUUAAUUCAAAACUCAGUCUAGUCAUAAUUUCAACUCAUGUGUGAAACUUGAAAUCACAUACAGUAGUGAGUGCAUGAAAUACAAUACAUUAAUUGGUGCACCUUGAAGAGAUGUUCAAAAUGAAACCAACCUUUAAGCAGCAGCAUAAUAUGACUAAAUGUUUUACUUUGCCACAGUUUGUGUCACUCAAAACAUUUCCUAUAAAACGUAUAAUUUUUAUUACUUUUUAAGUUGAUCUUAGUACCUGAAAUUAUUUCAACAGUAAUCCAAGUGCUAAUUACAUAGCAUGAACAUGAGCAGACAGAGGCCCUUUUUACUUUUCAAGCACAAAUAAAGAGAACAGGAUCUCUGUAAGGCAGAUAUUUACUAUUUGAUAGGAAUUAGGCUUGUAAAUAAAUACUCAGAAGAAUUUAAAGAAAGCUGUCAAUGAUUAUUAAAAUAAUUAAUAAUGAUGUGGUGAUUCUUAGGACAUCACCUGAAAAACAAUCAGUAUUGGUAUUACUCUUUACAGAUACACAGACAUAGUAAUGCUGUAAGAAUUAUAAUUUAAACCUACGGUAAUUUAAAAGGUACUAAGCUUUUGGAUGAACUUAAGACAUAUUUUCCUUAGGUUUCUUCAAAUGUAUCAUUAAACUUGUCCCCUUUCUUUUUAAUAAGAAGUAAUAAAUAAUAAUUAAAAAGGUCUUUUUGAACAUAAUUAUACUGUUGUUCAGUAUGAUGCUGAUAAAGAGAUGUCUCCAUCUCUGUGGUCCAUCCUUGUGUUCAUACUUAUACAGCAAAACCAAGCAUGCUCCACUCAGAUCUGUAGUUUUUCACUGAAGCAUCUCAGGGGACGAUAUUGUUCUGGUUUAAACACUAUUUUCUCAGAAGAGCAGAAGAAGGUCCCAUCAGUCAGGUACCGCUGAUAAUAUUUAUAUUUAACAAAACCUGUUGACGAGCUAUAGAAGAAUUAAUCCUUAGGCUUGAACCUUUUUGUCCUUGACUCAAUGAAAGAAGUGAAAACAAAAACUUCUCAAAACUGUAGCAAGAGCUGAGAAAAAAGAUUAAAGAUGCUUGAAAUCCCCAUUUACUUGAAGAUUGAGAAGGAAAUGUUUCCUCUUUGAAGAAGUAAGUAGAACAUACGUAACAAAAGUAUUUCUGCCAAACACAGAGCAAGAAAAUGAAAAGCAAACGUCUGGCAGACUGAUCAAACCUUUCUCUGUACCUGAAAGAAAGAUAACCUCACUUAUUGCUUCUGGCAAUACGCUGCCCUCUUGUGUGCAAAUUAUCCAAUCUCACAGACACAAAGCAGUCAAUAACACUCUUCUUUUCCUGUGCAACAUAACAUUCUGAGAGCAGGAAUUUUUAGUAGACAAGCCAUCAAAUUUAAAAAAAUAAGUCAAAUGAGGAUUAAAUCCCUAAAAUAAUUUAAAGGUUCACGUGAAGGAAUUGAAAAAGAAGCCACAGUACAAACAAAAUCUUUAAAAGAACUUCUGGAGACUGAAAAUCCUUAAACCUUUCAAGAAAGUCUCACAUCAUAAUCACUGAAUAAAAUAAAAUGCUUUUUGGCUCAUAAUAAAUAAGUUAUGCUGAACUAAUACCUGUAAGUUACGGCACCAAAAGACAUUCUGGAAACUAAAACAAUAUAAAUUUUGUCAUCAAAACUGUAAUUUAUUUUUCCAUUCAAAGUUGCAUUGGAAUAAAUAUUCUGUUUUUACAUUUACUCCUUUGAACUGCUGUUUUUAGAGAUGCUCUAUAUAUUCAGCGUUUAUCCUCUGUGGCAAAUGUGUGUGUGUGAAUGUGUGAAAGACAAACUGCCGGCGAGCAUUUCUUUCCCUGUCUGUGUGUGUUUGCGUUUGCACGUGCUGCUCCGCUCCUCUCUCCGUCAGGGUAAUUCGGCAUCCGUGUGUAAUUUCUUUACCAUUUUGGCUUUGAUCUGAAUCCGAGCCCUGAAGCUUAUCAUGACUUUGUGUUGCUUCCAUGUAGUCAGGGAUGGAUGCUGGGGGUAGAGUCGGAAAAGGGGUGGAGAAAAGAGACAGAGAGAGAGAGUUUUAUUUUUAGCUUCCUAGCCCCACAUCCAAGUGUGUUUAAUCAAGUGUGUGUUUGUGUGUUUGGAUUAGUGUCUUUAGCCUCUUGGUCAGAAGAAGGUAAUAUGCUUGUCCGAAAUAACUUUGUCAGGCACAUUUACACAAAGAUGGUUUAAAAGUGUGGAGUUAGCAGGAGUUUGGGAGGCGGAUGGUGGGGUGUGCGGGAAAAAGAGCAAGACUGACGGACACACAGUGAGAGACAGCGAGGGUAGAGGGGAGGGAGGGAAGACACUGUAGGAGAGAGGAUGGAAUGAAUAAGCAAUCCUGCUUUUCCACUUCAGGCACUCGCAUCUUCCACAGAUCACAUGCAUGCUUCCUCUCCCUGAUAAUCUUUGUUCUCCUAACCUGUCCUUUAUUUUGUCUCAGCCUCCGUCUCCUUGUACCGUCCAGCAGGUCCUCCUUUGUCCUUCUCCUCGUAUUUCCUCUCUCUUUCCCCAAAUGUCCCUUUAUGUCAGUCAGUAACCCACUGAACCUUUUUCCCCUUUCUGAUCCUUCUACUCCAAUGCAUGCCUUGACACCCAUCCAAACAUGCAUGCAGACAAGUGCACUCACAAUCAGACAUAGUAGCACAGUUAGAGGUAAAACAUAAAGGACAGGGAGAUUUUGUUGCCUUUUUUGUUUUCUUUUUGCAAUGGGAAACUCUGUAAAGUCACUAAAAAAUUUCACCAAGAAGGACAAGAAGAAGAACUACAAAGCAGUGCAGUCCAGUGAGGAGGGGGGAUCUGGGGGUGGGCAUCUUGAGCCACUAGUAGCCCUGGCCCAGAACGGAGCCAACAUGCACAACGUGCUGGGGCCUGCAUGCAUCUUUCUACGCAAGGGCUUCGCUGAGAGCCGACUGGCUGACCGAGAGCUGAGGCCAGAAGAGCUGGAUGAGUUGCGUGAAGCAUUCAAGGAGUUUGACAAAGAUAAAGACGGAUUCAUUGGCUGCAAAGACUUGGGGAACUGCAUGCGGACGAUGGGAUACAUGCCAACAGAGAUGGAGCUGAUAGAACUGAGCCAGCAGAUCAACAUGAACCUGGGAGGACAUGUUGACUUUGAGGACUUUGUUGAACUUAUGGGGCCCAAACUUCUGGCUGAAACAGCCGACAUGAUAGGAGUAAAGGAGCUGAGGGAUGCCUUUAAGGAGUUUGACACUAAUGGUGACGGCCAGAUCAGCACAGCCGAACUCAGAGAAGCAAUGAAAAAACUGUUAGGACAGCAGGUUGGACACAGAGAUCUGGAGGAAAUCCUACGUGACAUUGACCUAAACGGAGAUGGACAUGUAGACUUUGAAGAAUUUGUUCGAAUGAUGUCCCGAUAAGUUCCUGCCAGAGAGCUGCAACGUUGUAUUGGAUGUGGAUGCUCAGCUGGCGGAGCGUGGAGAAAGCCUGGCGACGGAAACCGAAUUUCUCUGAACUGUGAAGACGGCAAAAACAUAUCAACCUUGCCCCAAAACUGCCUCGCUGAACGGCUGACGAGUCCAGCCGGGAGCCUCACUGUUACCAACACACUGCUGCUGUUCCUCCGAGCAUAAACAAAACCAACGGCUGCACUCGUGACUUUUCCAGAGUACAUUUUUAAAAACAUGAUUUCCUUUAAUAAUUGCAACAUUUCUAUGUGUUUACCGACCCAAUGGGUAAUGGCGGAUGUGAUGUUUGAGAUAUUUUCUGCAAACACCAACAGCCGCUUAUUACAGACUGUAGCAAUUAAGAGUAAUUAUAUUUAAUACAGCAGUGAAGUGCAGUGAAAUCUGUUUAAAUGCAAAGGUUAUAUGAAGCACAGAUACAAAAAGCAAUAUAGAAACAUUCCAUGUCAUCUCAUCGUGUCUGCGUGUGCGUUUUGUGUAUUGUUGGUGUUUAAUGUUGAUACAGACUAUAGAAAAAUAAGCAUAAGACAAACCAAAAUUUGUUUGCUAAGUAUGUAUAAUGUAGCACUGACUUUUCUGUGACAUACAUGUGCAAUUUCUAGUGUGCAGAAGAUACUCAUUUAACUGCAAUCCUGUAAGAAAAACAUCAUUAGUACCAGAAUAAGCUUUUGAUUAUUUCUAUGUUUGGUUAUUACUUGCAUGAAUAACAAUGAAGUAUGUGAUCAGAACAUUGUCACUAAUCUGUCACUGAGGAAGUCAGCAGAUUAGUUAAUAAGAGAUGGUUUUAGAUGUCAUGAAAGUGUUUUAUUUUGGGGAUUUUGUAAGUUUUAUUUUGAAAGCCAAAAUGUUUCCUUUCAGUGCAACAUUUGUCAGCAUUAUAUACCUCAAAGUGAGCUGAAACAUAAAUGUCCUUCAUUCUCCUUCCUAAACACACCCCAAUCUCUGAAACCUGUGUUACUACUUUAUCAGUAAAUAUAAGGAAGCAAGGUGAGCUUCUUAUGCAAAAAGCCAAAGAACGUUUACAAAACCUGAUUUAGUUUAAUAAGUAAAGCUGGGACAGCUUUAACUGUUCAAGAAUAAACAUGAGAAUAUGCAUGUUUUUUGAUCUUGAUAUAUUUGAAAAGGGAAAUCCAACUUUGUGAUUUUUAUGUGUCUUAACUGUGUGAAACUAUGCAUGACAGAAAACUACUGCGAUUUGUAGCAGAAUAUUUAAAAAUAAAGAUAUUUCAAAUGGAAAA